AUGGGAUUCUUAGUACAAAAUGAAAAGGUCAUUAAUAAAAGCUAUAAAGGAGCAUACAUUGAAAAUAAAAUAAAUGAGAAAUAUUUGGAUUGUAAUAAGAAAAAAAAAUUUCUUUAUUCUAUAUAUGAUUUAAAUAAAAAUGAAAAUGAUAACAAUAUUUAUAAUACAUGUAAAAAUUUAAGCACAAACAAUUUUUACUUAAGUGAAAUAAAUAAUGCAAAUAGUAGUAAUAAUAAGUACUAUUCAGAAGUAAAUACAAGCAAUUUAAAUAAUAUGAAUAAUGAAAAAUUAUUAAUAAAUAAAAUUAAUUUUAAUGAUAACAACGAUUCAUGUGCAAAAGAAAUUAAUUUAUAUAAUGGUCAUGAUAAUAGUAACUCAUUGAUAAAUGAUAAUAAUUCAAAUAAAACUAAUAAUUUAUUUUUAAAUGUAAAGAAUGAUUCAUUUGUAAACAAAAGUGAAUUUAAUAAUACAAAUUUUCAAUUUAUAAAUAAAAGAAAUUCAAAUAAAAUAGAUAAUGAAUCUUCUUUAAAUGAAAAUAUUUUAAAGAAAAGUUGUCAGAACUCAUUUAUAAGUGAAAAAAAUUUAGAUAAUAUAAAUAAAAUAAAUAAAGAAAAUAGCAUAAAUAAAAUUGAAAAUACACAAAGACUAUAUAAUAAUGAACAUAAAACAAAUAUUGAUUAUUCUAAUUCAAAUAAAAGUAAUUUUAUUAAAUUAAAUAAUUCUUUUUUAAAUGAAUAUAAUUUAAUAAAUGGAGAUAUAUUAAACAAAAAAUAUAUAAAGCCAUUUAAUAAUAGUGCUAUAGAAAAAGACUUUAUUAAAAAUUUCUUUGAUUCAAAUAAUGAAAAUAAUUACUUUAAUGUAAACAAUAAACAGAAUGAGGUUAUAAAAAAAAAAAUAGAAAAAAAAAUCGAUGAAAAUGAUUAUUUAUUUCACGCCAUUAAUGAACUUUUAGAAGUUGGAUUAAAAAAUGAGUGUAUACCUUUAUUUGAAAGGCUUCAGCAAAAUCUCUUUUUUUUAGUAAUGCUUGCAAAUAUUCCGAAUGAAAAUUUUGAUGAUAUAGAAAGUAGUUCUGAUUAUUAA